AUGGAGUGGGGCAACGGCUCCCUGCACGCUGACUUCGUCCUCCUGGGAUUGUUCAGCGGCAGCCGCGCCCCCUGGCUUCUCUUUGCCCUCAUCCUCCUGGUCUUCGUGGCCUCCAUAGCCAGCAACGCCACCAUGAUCCUGCUCAUCCGCAUAGACCCACGGCUCCACACCCCCAUGUACUUCCUGCUCAGCCAGCUCUCCCUCAUGGACCUUCUGUACAUCUCCACCAUCGUGCCCAAGAUGCUGCUGGACCAGGCCACGGGCCAGAGGGCCAUCUCCUUUGCAGGAUGCACUGUGCAGCACUUCCUCUGCCUGACCUUGGCAGGGGCAGAGUUCCUCCUCCUAGGACUCAUGUCCUAUGACCGCUACAUGGCCAUCUGCAACCCUCUGCGCUACCCGGUCCUGAUGAGCCACAGGGUCUGCCUGCUGAUCGUGGUGGCAGCCUGGCUGGGAGGGUCUGCAGAUGGCUUCCUGCUCACCCCGGUCACCAUGCAGUUCCCCUUCUGCGCCUCUCAGGACAUCAACCCCUUUUCCUGCGAGGCGCCCGCCCUCCUGAAGCUCUCCUGCAGGGACUCGUCAGCGAAGCUGAACCAGACCACUGUUUGUUCUCCGCACCCCAGAGAGAGGCUGGGAUGA